AUGGCUGCUGUGCCGCAGAGGACGCUCAACUGGCUCUACAGUAUAUUGAUCAGGGACCACUACGAUCCCAGGCAAACAUAUCAAGACCCCAACCGGACCUACUCUGAUGUCGCAAACACGCUGGCACAAUAUCCCUCCCUCUCUCCGCAAACUGAAGUUUACACCUACGAGAACGGUUUCUCCGCCCUCCUCCUCCAGCUUAAAGGCACAUUGCCUGUUACGUUUCGCGGCACAGUCUACAAGUUUCCCAUCACAUUAUGGAUUCCAAAUGCCUAUCCCCGCGAACCACCGCUGGUCUAUGUGAUUCCAACACAGGAUAUGGCUGUUCGAGUAGGUCAGCAUGUAACCUUGGAGGGGAGGGUAUAUCACCAUUACCUGGCACACUGGGCUGAAGCAUGGGAGCGCUCCUCUCUUGUGGACCUCUUGACAAUUCUCCGGGAAGUCUUCGCAAAAGAGCCACCCGUUCGAUACAAACAACAGGGAGUUCAACAGCAACCUAUACCGCAGCAGGUGCAAACACCACCCCCUCGUCCUCCAUUGCCUCCUGAACUCGGAGGAUUUUCAGCACAAUCCCCAUCGCCUCAACCUCAUACAGUCAGCCCUCCUCACCCCGUACUGCAGGGUCCACCGCGGCCCCCUCCGAAACCAGGUCCAGUAGUAGGGCCUGAGCAGCAGCGGCAGCAGCAGCGGCAGCAGAAUAAUCAUGCAACCCAGUAUGGCUCCCCUCCUCCAUUGCCUCCAUUGCCGCCAAAGGACCAAACCUAUCGACCAUCCGUGUCCCAUUCACAUGCUGCCGUCGGAAGUCCAUCGAGUGGAGCUCCCCAGUACCUCCCUCAGCAAGCCGAUUUCCGCAGGAAUACACCAGCACAACCACAACAGCAACCGUCAAAUGUGAUGCCACAGUCAGGAUCAUAUUCUCAUGGGCCUACCUAUCGCCAGCCUAGUGUCGCACAUGGCGGACAUGAUCCCCGCCACGGAACACCGCAAUAUCAACCUCCAGCGCAAUUCCGAGGUCCUCAGGCCCCUCCUCAACCAACACACCACCAGCGACCCCCUCCUUCCCAGCAGCUACCUCACCAUCCAUCGCCGCAUGGAACCCCACAAGCUUCCCCCGGAAUACAACCAAGUCCCCGAUCAAAGCCCCAGACCCAGGAUCUCCUCACUUCCCCUUUCGAAGUCGAACUCCCGUCCUUCGCCCCCACAGGGCCCGCACCACCUAUCCCACCAAACCCCGAAAAAGACGCCCUGCUCCAAGCCGUUUCCAAAACUGUCACCGAAACCCUCCAAACAAACAUUGUCCAAUCCGAAUCAGCGGCACAGUCUCUCAUCUCACAAUCCCAAUCCCUCCACGCCGCAAUCACAACCCUCCAGGGGGAAAUCUCCUCUCUCAGCACCCUCAACUCAACCCUCGAAGCCAACACCUCCGUCCUCCAACAAUCCCUCCACCGCGCAGAUGUCGUAAUAGCCGACGCACAAACCCGCGCCUCUUCCUCCCCUGCUAACCGCCUCGCGUCCUCUAGCACCGACCCCGCCCCCGCCUCUUCUCCCGGCGUAUCUGGCCUCCCCCCCAUUGACGAAGUCCUCGUAGCACCCACAGUAGUAGGCAAGCAGCUCUACGACCUCGUCGCCGAAGAACGCGGCAUCCAGCAAGCCAUCUACGCUCUCCAAGUUGCCCUGGUGAAGGGCAUAAUUGGCGUCGAGACCUGGUCCCGACAUACCCGUGGUCUUGCACGAGAGGCAUUCCUAAAGCGGGCCUUGAUCAGGAAAAUAGGCAAGGGAAUGGGGCUUGAGGAACAUCCAUAGAGUUCCCCCCUUUUUUCUCUCUCUCUCUCUCUCUCUCUCUCUCUCUCUCUCUCUCUCAAUUUUUCCUUUCUUUUACCUUUACCGGGGCCUUUUUUUUUUUUUCUUUGUUUGGAUUUAUUUUUGUUCAGGGUUUAUCUAUAUAGAUGAGAGAUGCAUUGAUUCUGAUUGACUGAUUCAUCUUCGGGGGUGUCCCUUUUUGGGUGUUGGAUGUUGGAUGUUGGAUGAUGAUGAUGAUGAUGAUGAUGAUGAUGAUGAUGAUGUAGAUGAUACCCACUUCAUGUAGAGUAUAGGUAGGUAGUUUACUAUCAUGAUGGAAUGAGCGUGGGGUAAAAAUGCAUGUAUAUAGUUGAUAGGAUUGGCUACUAAUGCUUGCUACAUGAGCAUCUUUACACCUAUCAAAAAUGAAAUUCAAAACACAAGAGGU